AUGAACGGAGAUUUGAAUUGGUUUAAUUGGCUGGAAGGAAAGAUAAGAGAUUCUAAUUGUGACGCUGAAGGUCAAAACGACUUGGACUGGUUUCGAGGUUGUAAUGUACUAGGGGUGGCCCCAAUCCUUGAGUGUAAUCAAAAAAAAAAUAAGUUUUUUAAAUUAAGUUUUUAAUACUCGGCAAAAAAUCCAACAAAGAACCAUACGAUAUCCCAUCGAAAAGAACCGAUUUUCACUCAAAAAGCCACCUUUACUACAUGCAUUUCGCUAUCUCUGAGAAUCCUUGAUCUUCUGAAUUGGGUAAUCUUGCUUUUUCUAAAAGGAGCUCCGAUAAAAAUAAUAACCAAAAUCCUUAAUAAUAACCAAAAACCAAAUAAUAACUAAAACUAAAUAAUAACCAAGAUGCUGCCCAAAAGUCCUUAGUCUCUCCUCUGCCCUAAAAGCCCUAUGUCUUUCAAAAUUAAAAAAAAAACUCUUUUUAAAUAAAAAAAAAAUUUUAAAUGA